AUGUCAGUUGGUUCCCUCCUCUGUACCUUGCGCCUGAGCUGUGUGCUGCUGGCCUUGCUGCUGGGUGGCCCCUCGUUGGCCACGGAGAUCGUGGGUGGCAGGCCAGCCCGGGCCCAUGCAUGGCCCUUCAUGGUGUCCCUGCAGCAGCGCGGUGGCCACUUCUGCGGCGGGACUCUGAUCUCCAGGAACUUCGUCCUGUCAGCAGCGCACUGCGUAAACGGCAGAAACUUCCGGUUGGUGUCAGUGGUGCUUGGCGCUCAUAACCUAGGGCGGCAGGAGCCCACCCGACAGACCUUCGGCGUGCAGCGCGUUUUCGAGAAUGGCUUCAACCCCACACUCCUGCUGAACGACAUCGUGGUCCUCCAGCUCAAUGGGUCUGCCACCAUCAACACUAAUGUGCAGGUGGCCAGGUUGCCAGCCCAGGGUAAUGGUGUGGACAAUGGAACACAGUGCCUGGCAAUGGGCUGGGGCAGACUGGGCAACAACAGGCCAACGCCCAGCAUCCUGCAGGAGCUCAACGUGACGGUGGUGACGUCCCUGUGUCGCCGCCGAGUGAACGUGUGUACGCUUGUGCCCCAUCGGCAGGCUGGCAUCUGCUUCGGGGACUCUGGUGGCCCUCUGGUCUGCAAUGGACUGGUCCAGGGCAUUGACUCCUUCAUCCGGGGAAGCUGUGGCUCUGGCUUCUAUCCUGAUGCCUUUGCCCCUGUGGCAGAAUUUGCAAACUGGAUCAACUCCAUCAUUAGCAGCCAGGAGGACCAUCUCCCUCUCCACCCCAGAGACCCUGCAAGCAGGACCCCCUAGGUUGACUGCCUCUGCCACCUGCU